AUGGCGCCGCUCGAUCUGUUUGUCGCUAACCUCAACUUCACCCGGCCUGACAUCCUUAGCGCUGGCUUCGGUCAGUUUGCAAAGGAUCGUUCUUUUCUUUUGACAUGGAUACAACAAGUUAUGGAAUCUUGGUCGUGGAAGGACUUUUCCGAGAAGAUUUUACAAUGGCUUUCACGUCCUGGUGAGCAACGUCGUGAUAUGAUAGGUAAUUCGGUGACUGAUAGCUAG